AAAAGGGAAAAAAAAAUGGUUAUGGGGUUUUUCAGUUGUUUGCUACUCGCCGCUACCACUUUCUGCGUUACAAGACAAGCUUUUGGUUUGGAAUGCGCUGUCUGCCUGCCGUCAGAUGAGAAUGCCUCCAUAGCUAAAGAGAUUCAACGUCUCUUCCUCGAUGACCCAUCCACUUUGGUCGGCUGUAAUCAAACCAUUGGAUCGGAUGAGAGUGCUAUUGUAAAAACUUGUCCGCCUGGCAGCUUGAGUUGCCACAUCCAAAAAACUAAAGAAUGGACUGCUAAAACCUGUUCCAAAAUUUCAGUUGACGACUGUAAAACUGCCAAUCGUGUGAAGUAUUGCUAUUGUAAAACAAACCGCUGCAAUAUGCAAAACUAUACAAUUUCAACGACAACAACUGGCUCUACUAUGCAAAUGACGGAAUCCACAACCAUUGCUACUUUAAGUACUAGUCCGGCUGAUGAACCGUACCAUACAACGCCACGAUUGCGACCAAAAGAUCCAGCCAAAUCGGAAUCGAAGAAACGUCAAUCAGACUGUUGGUCGGUGUUGUCAUCGUUACUGAUGUUAUACUCUUCCAUACAAUUUUUUUAAAUCGGACUAAUCUUUAUCGACAAAAUGUACAAAUGUUAACUAACUGGUUCAAAAUCCAUCAACUUCUGUUUGUAACGACGGGAAAUUAAUUGGCUAACUUUAACCUCACGUUGAUACAACCAGGCGAAUGGAAACAAAUACAGUCAUGCUUUGUAAA